UCCAGAGUGAUGUGCAAUAGGACCUCCAGGUUCUACUGCCUGUGUGUGUGUGUGUGUGUGUGUGCGUGUGUGUAAUCAGAGGUCACUGGACCAGAAAGUGAGGUCCUGGCAGAAGAGAUGAGCACAGAGGGAAGACCCAACCCUGGAGCCCCUGCUGAGGAGAGGGGAGGCUGUCCCCGACUGAGCCCCUGGGCUCUUCUGAUACUUGCCUUCAUCCUCAAAGCCUGUGUCACGUGUGGCUGCCUUGUCGCUCUCCUCAAGGGACAUCAAAGUUGUGGAGAGCACGGGGUCCUGCCUCAAGAUCUCAAAGAAGGGAUCUGUGUCUUGGAGAGACAUGAGAACAAAGAGCAGGUCUGGAUGUGCUGCCCCAUUGGCUGGAAGCUCUUUCACACCAGCUGCUACUACUUGUCCAACAAUAUCAUGACCUGGGCUGAAAGUAAGACGAACUGCACAGGGAUGGGCUCCCACUUGGUAGUGAUCAGCACAAAGGCUGAGCAGGAAUUCCUGUUCAACUGGAUAAAAGGAGCUGUUGCAGGCAGCCAAGAAAAGAAUCACUACAUUGGUCUAUCUGCCCAGGAGAUGGAAGGCCAGUGGCAUUGGGUGGAUCAGACCCUGUAUAACCAGACUACUACGUUCUGGAGACCUGGGGAACCCAACAACCCUGAAGUGGAGAAAUGCGCUGUCAUGUAUGUAGGGGGCCAGGAAGACGACCCAUGGAGCAAAAACUGGAAUAACAUCCCCUGUGAAACAGACUCUUAUCGUAUUUGUGAAGUUGCAGCAACACGUAUUUGAUGAGAGACACCCCCUGCUAUGCAGGAUGACAGUCCAGAGAGUACCUGCUCCUUAGUAGUGGCAGCUCCCAGGGAAAUCUGGUAGGAGGGGUCAGAUGAGCCCUGGCCCAGGACUGAAUAUAUAUUGAAGGGUCAGGUUAGAGGGCAUUACCA